AUGACUCCCAUGUCAAACCACCAGGCUUAUGUCCAGCGUAUCCUGGCCAUAACGUCCUCGUGUCUCAGCAUCACUUCCGGCAUGCUGGUCCUGCUCUGGUGGUAUGGCAUCCCGAUAUACGACAACUGGAAAAUCUCUAAACAACAGCAGCAACAACAACAACAACAACAACAACAACUUCAAAAUCAAAAUCGAAAUCAUCAUCAAUCUCGUCCAUUAACAAAACGUCGAAGAGUCCAUCAAUUUAGACACGACCUUACUCUCGCUCUCAUCAUCAUGGACCUCUUCAAAGCUAUCAUCCUAAUCACAUAUCCUACUCGCUACCUUCACUCAGAUAUCUACUUACUCUCUCCUCAUAUCGCCUUUUGCGAUGCUGUCGGUUUCCUCACCACUGCAAUCAUCCAAGCAUCUGACUUUGCCAUUCUAGCACUUGCAAUCCAUACUGCUCUUCUCAUCUUUAAACCACACUUCAAAGGUGGUCUCUACCGUUACAGGUAUACAAUCUACUUACUCUUCUUCAUCUUCAUCCCUCUCUGCUUUGCUUCUGUAGGAAUGGUUGGUCUUUCCGGUUAUACUGCCUUCACCUCAUGGUGCUAUCUUGUUGUUAGACCCCUUUGGUAUUCCCUCGUUCUCGCUUGGAUCCCACGUUUAACCAUUCUUCUUCUUAUCGCCAUCAUCUAUCUAGCAAUCUUUGUCUACGUCAAAAUCCACCUCUACAAUGUCGCAAAGGCCAUCCAAGAUGCUUCAACAUCAGACCAAAACCUUCAACAAACUGCCCUCUCUCCACCAUUAAAACCUUUCUCACCUGUACGUGUCUACCUUAGACUCAAGUCAUGGCUCUCAUAUAUGCCUGGCCUGGGAUUCUUAAACCCCUAUAUUGAUCGAGCUGCAAACUCUUCAUCCCAAGAUUCUGAAAAAAACCGACCACCUUGGAAUGAAAAACCUUCAACCCCUCGAAACUCCUUCUCUAGAAAUAAUGCAAUCAUCCCAGAUUCGGCCGAUAUCACUCAAACAAUCCAAGAACAACUCAACCGCGAACGCGUCGAAAGGUUCAGUAAACGUCGCUCCAUCAUUGAACGUCAACUUAACUCCAUCUUCAUUUACCCUCUAACAUAUGUUCUCCUCUACAUCUUCCCCCUUAUCCAACAGUUUGUAUAUUACCGCCACUUGAGCGAGGAAUCCUCUGCUCCCAAAUCUUCUUCCAAUGAAAGCUCAAGAACAUACAACCAUGAACCCAUCUACUGGCUGGCGCUGGUCGCUGCCUGGAUGAAACCAUUUAACUGCUUUAUAGAUUCCUUUGUCUUUGUUUUCCGUGAAGGCGUACUCCCUUGCUCCAGUCGUGCUCGUGAAGCUAAGCGCGAACGCAAGGCCCGAAACAAGUCCGUGACAGCUUCUACUCACGGACAAACAACGGGAAUUUCAUCUUCUACAUACUCUCUCAACAUCCCGGCCCAAUAUACAAAUAAUAAUAAUAAUAAUAAUAAUAAUAAUAAUAAUAAUAAUAAUAACCGCCAAUCCCAAGGCCACCUUGAUGAGAUUUCCAAAAUCCCCAGUGUGCAUACGGGCCGUGCGUACCCGGGAAUUAGUGUGGAUGAAUCGUCCGAUAGUGAACAGCAACAUCAGCAGCAACGCCAAGCUCAGCUUUCAAUCACUUCAACUCUGUUGACGCCACUUCCCGGACGGCCAACUCCGCACCCAAGUACCAAUACUACUGGGUCCACUUUUGUGGAAGAUGAAUAUUUAAAACAAGCACCCAAGCAUGACCAAGAAGGAGAGGAGGAGGAAGAGGAAGAAGAAGAAGAAGAAGAGGAAGGAGAUGAAGAUUAUGAUGAUGAAGAUGACGAUGAUGAAGAAGAAGCUGCAGGGUACUACCCUGGUGGUGACUAUGAUAUCGAUUAUAUUGUAUCUCAUAACCAUUCAACCCAUACAGGCCAUCAUCACCAUAAUCACAAUAAUCAACAAGGACAAAACCUUCAAAACCAGCAGCAGCAGCAGCAGCAGCAGCAGGAACAACGUCAACAGCAACAACAGCAACAACAAUUAUCACAACAUCAACAAUUAUCACAACAACAACAACAACAACAACAGACAAACCAACAGAAUCCAAAUCAAAUUCAUCGCAAAAGUUUCUUUUCCCGACUUUGGGGAGUUCUUAGACCCCUAUGGGAUGCCUCAGUCGGAAAUCUCGAGGAACCAAAGGGACUUGACGAUGGGCUUUCACGUACUCAAACACGACGCCAGCAUCCACAACGUAAACAAAAACCCCUCACAUCUAUCCCACCAGAAGGAUUCAAGCAUUGGGACUCGUUCUCGUUCCAGGACUCGUCGUCGGCAUCGGCAGCUGCAGCAGCCUUUGCAACUUCUACAGUAACAAGAUCCAUAGCACCAUCAAUGCUUGGACCUUCUACCGGUAACUCAUCUAUCAGAUCCUCAGUAACAACUGCCCCAUCAGGACUGCCAGGACCACCAGGCUUAGCAGCUCCACAAGGACGGCCUCAACGGCUAUACCAUCUCGACACAAUCCAUAGCGAAGACGCGGCACCGUCUUCUGGGUCUGCUCUUGAAUCAAAUCCAAUGGCCCAAGACUCUAACCAACCCGUGUUUGCAGAUAAUGUCCAAGGCUUUUUCGGUAAUACUAACUACGACCCAACAGUCAUUGCAACUCCGGCUCGUCCAUCGAUCGCAUCCUCUGCAAUCUCACCACUUCGACGUAACACUUCUGUCUCUAUUGCAUCUUCCUCAUCGCCAUCUCUUGCGGGUCAAUCCAAGCCCGCAUCAAGUUUGAACUCUUCACUCUCGCUAGACGAAAAGUCUUACCCAAUGGCCCGUUCUUCAUCUCUCCGCGUCCCCUCGGGUCCUAGACCUUCAGUCUCCUCAGUCUCCACCGUCUCCGAUAUAGGCCCAACCCCAGGAUCAAGUCCUACACAUAGUAGAACCCCAAGCAUUUCAUCUGCAGCUGCCAAGGGUAAAGCUGUACAAGGUCCUCCUCUUUCUUCAUCAUCAUCAUCAUCUAUAUUCCCUGCAUCUGCCUUUUCUACAGCACCCCUCCCAGCACCGCUGCCACUUCCGCCGCCAUCAUCAUCAUCAUUAUCAUUAUCCUCAUCUUCUCCACACCUUUUACCAGACCCAACUGCCCCACACACCCUCCUGACUGAAUCCAUUUUGGAGGACAGUGCGGAGGACGAGACCCGCCACCAUCAUCACCCUUCUUCCCAUAUUACAUCUCACGGCCGUAAGUUUGGUCUGCCGAGAGCUUUCACAAUGCCUGCAUCCAGUACAGACUCUGAACUUUUCCGUUCACCUUCCGACGACACAGACGACCAUUCACCAGCAGCAGCAGCAGCAGCAGCAACAACAACAACAACAGACUCUCCUGACUUUGAAAAUAUUUGGGAACAUCAGGCUAGAUCCCAAGCUCAUCACCAUCAUAUGCACCUGCCACACUUGUUUAAACAUCACAAGACACGCGACCGCAGCCAGUCGCCAAGCACAGUAGGCCGCAGUCGUGGAAAUACAAUGGAUUUGGGGCCCGGAGGCUCGGUGUCUCAGGAACCGUUCCGACGACUUGGCACUACACCUCAUCAUCACCAACACCAACACCAACACCAACACCAACACCAACACCACCAUUCUGGUGGUGGAAAUACGGUUAACACAGUAGCCUUACAAGGAACGCCAAACAUUGAGUCUGCUACUAAUAGUAAUAAUAACAAUUAUAAUAGUAAUACUACUGGUAGUAAUAGUAAUAGUAGCAGUGGUGGUACUAGAGCUCGUGCACGAAGUUUGCAUAAUGAAAGUGGUCCACCACACGUGUUUGUGGCCAGUGCUGCGGAAGCUGCUGAAGGUGUUGGUGGGAGUGGGUCGGAUAACGAGUCGAUGGAUUUUAUGGAGUUUUUACGCAACAAUUAG